CCAUCUUUCAGCAAGCGAGCUCAAGCUCACCUCUCUCGGCGACGAUGCUGAUCGCGCUGACGGCGUGGCAGCCGGGCACCAGGGACGCGGCGGUCAGACCUGCGCGGGUCCGCAUGGCGCUCCAAGCCAACGCCGUCGACGCUGCCGAUGUGCCGCCUCCGUGGAAGGCAAAACAAACGGCGGCGGGCCACCCCUACUGGUACAACACCGUGACCGGCAUGUCGACAUACAAACACCCCUCCCUUGCCCCGCAGCUCUCGCGUUCGGGCGCCAACCGCCGCGGCGCCCAGCGGCAUGCAGCCGAGGCGGCGGCGAAAGAGGCGGCGAGGGCGGAGAUGCAGACGCGAGACGCGGCUUCGGCAGAGGUGCGGCUGCCGGUGAGGCCGGAGGCAUCGCGCUUCCCCGGGGCUGAACGCUUGCCCGUGCCUCCUCUGACGCCGCCCGUGGGGUGGAGGAUGCCGGACGGCACACCGCGGGACCGGCGGUCCUUUCGGACGGGCCCUCCUCCAUCGCCCUCCGUGCCUCUGCGGCACCCCCCGCACGCUAGCCCCGGAGCAAUCGCUAGGCUGGCGGCGGCGCCUGCCUCGGAGGCUGUGCCCGAGCCGCCGGCGCAGGCGGCGUGGAGGGCGGAGGUGCAGCGCCGCCAGACGCGAGACGCGUUUGCGCGCGGGGUGGGCGGGCGGGCAGAUCGGCCGCUGCUGCGGUCGGCCGAGGCCGAGGCGUGGCGCGCGGACCUGCAGCGCCGCCAGACGAGGGACGCGUUUGCGCGCGGUCACAUGAGUUUGCAACCGGCUGGGGUGGCGCCAGAGGAAGCGGCACAGGCGGCGUGGAGGGCGGAUGUUCAGCGCCGCAAGGCGCGCAAUGCCGCCACGCGCGCCCGUGGGCGUUUCCCCUCCGAUCCGCGGUUCCCGCCAGCACAGGCGCCACCGUUGUAGUUACCAGGUACACCUCGUUGAUGAACGCGCCGGCGUCCAGUCGAGAGAUCACAUUCACAGAGAGACAGAGUCAGAGAGACGGAGAACGUGCGCGGGCUCGAGAGUGGGCGCCGGCGCGAGCGUGUCGCGCGAGACGGGCGGCGGCGAGAGUGCUGAGUGGCUUGCGCGCGCGUCGGCCGUC